AUGUCUUCCUCCGGAGACGGGUCCACUCUGGCCUCCGAUGAGAAUUCAGAAAAGCCCACUGACAUUUCGCUGGAAAAUCGACAUAGAAUUGCGAGGCUUGCUAGACAACUGACAGAAACUUCUAUCCACCACGCGGGAGCUCAUUCAACGGCAUCUAACCCUUUUAAUGGUUCUGAUGAUCCCAAGCUUGACCCUAGCUCAAAGAGUUUCAAUGCCAGAUACUGGGCGGAAACCGUACUUGGGCUGAUGUCCAAUGAUACCGAACGGUACUUGCCGCGAAAGGCCGGUGUCUCAUUCCGCAACUUGAGUGUUCAUGGAUUUGGCAGUCCACUCAGCUAUCAAAAAGAUUUUCUGAAUGUUGUACUACAAGUUGGCGACAUCGUAUCGGGUUUGGUCAAUCAUAAGGAUCAGAAGAUCCAGAUCUUGAGAGAUCACAAUGGCUUGCUCCGGAGUGGUGAGAUGCUACUUGUCUUAGGAAGACCAGGCAGUGGGGUUUCGACAUUCCUAAAAACAGUUGCAGGAGAGACAAAAGGACUUCACUUGGAUUCAUCCACAGAGUUCAAUUACCAGGGAAUUCCCCGCAAAGCAAUGCAAGGACAGUUUCGUGGAGAUGUCAUCUACCAAGCCGAGACAGACGUGCAUUUUCCCCACUUGACUGUUGGACAGACGCUUCUGUAUGCGGCUCUAGCAAGGACUCCCAGCAACCGACUGCCUGGAAUUUCUCGCGAACAAUAUGCACAGCAUGUGCGCGAUGUAAUUAUGGCUACCUUCGGUCUCUCCCAUACCAUUAACACCAAAGUUGGUAACGAAUUCGUUCGUGGUGUCAGUGGUGGCGAACGCAAGCGAGUCAGCAUUGCCGAGGUUGCUCUUGCACAAAACCCAAUCCAAUGUUGGGACAAUAGCACAAGAGGUCUAGACAGUGCCACAGCGCUGAAAUUCGUUCAAACUCUACGCCUCGCCGCGGACAUCAAUAGUACAGCCACGGUUGUGGCCCUGUAUCAAGCCUCUCAAGAGUCAUAUGAGAUCUUCGACAAAGUUGCCGUCUUAUAUGAGGGCCGCCAGAUAUACUUUGGACCGGUUCAUCAAGCCAAGGAAUACUUUAUUGAAUUAGGAUACCAAUGCCCAGAUCGACAAACCACUGCGGACUUUCUGACAUCUCUCACAAUGCCCGUCGAGCGAGUGGUGCGGGCCGGGUUCGAAGACCGAGUGCCUCGAACUCCUGACGAAUUUGCGAAGGCAUGGAAGGAUAGUGCGCUCAAUGCUGAAUUGAUGCAGGAUAUUGCGGAAUUCGACAAAGAAUAUCCGGUGGGAGGACCGGCAGUAACUCACUUUCAGGCGUCCAGAAAUGCUGAGAAAACUUCAUUCAUGACUCCUCGCUCACCCUAUACAAUUUCUGUUCCACUACAGGUACUCUUAUGUAUUCGUCGAGGCUUUCGUCGAAUUCAGGGUGACAUGAGUUUCUUCAUCGUUACCGUAGGUGGUAACUUUGUCUUGUCUCUCAUUCUUGGCAGUGUCUUCUAUGACCUACCAGACACCAGUGAAAGCCUUAGCAACCGCUGCAUCCUCCUAUUCUUUGCUUUGCUUUUCAACGCUCUCAACAGCUCUCUUGAGAUCCUGUCUCUAUAUGCUCAGCGACAAAUCGUCGAAAAGCAUGCGACUUAUGCGUUCUACCAUCCACUAUCUGAAGCUCUGGCCUCCAUGAUCUGUGAUCUUCCUUCAAAGAUGUUGUCAACCAUAGCCUUCAAUAUCCCCCUGUACUACAUGUCUAACCUGAGGACCGAGUCCGGCCAUGUGGUCAUCUACCUGCUGUUCUCUUUCACCUCAACUCUGACUAUGUCAAUGAUUUUCCGCACCAUUGGCCAACUGACCCGGACCAUUGCCGAAGCUCUGACACCAGCGGCUCUCUUGGUUAUCGGCCUGAUUAUAUAUACCGGUUUUGUGAUUCCUAUUCGCGACAUGCAGGGCUGGCUGCGUUGGAUUAACUACAUUAACCCCUUGGCCUAUGCUUACGAAGCAUUGCUUGCAAAUGAGUUUCACAAUCGGGAGUUUGAAUGCGAAAGCUUUGUGCCCGAAGGAGCAAGCUACGAGAACAUCACAAGUGCUGAACGGACAUGUUCAGUGACUGGAUCUUCCUCUGGGUCAUCUGUGGUUAGCGGCAACCUAUACGUUCAAGAAACUUAUGAGUACUAUUGGUCCCAUGUCUGGCGAAAUUUUGGCAUUCUGAUCGCAUAUGUUAUCUUCUUCAUGAUCGUGUAUAUUUUGGCAGCUGAGUAUAUCUCUUCCGAUCGAGGCAAAGGCGAGAUUCUACUCUUCAAACGCAACCAUAUUUCGAAUUUUAAGAAAAAGCAGCAGACUGAUGAAGAGUCUCCGUCCGAAAAGGGUCCUGGGGUCGUUCACCCUGGCGCAGAUACUGAGCAAGGUAGUGUUGGAGAGGAGAAGACAGUUGUUAUUCAAGAACAGACAAAUAUUCUUCAUUGGCGAAACCUUACCUAUGAUGUUUCUAUUAAAGGCAAGAUUCGGAGAAUUACGGAUAACGUCGAUGGUUGGGUCAAGCCAGGAGCCUUGACGGCCCUAAUGGGAGCCUCUGGUGCAGGAAAGACCACACUUCUCGAUGUGCUAGCUAAUCGAGUGCGAACUGGUGUUGUAGGCGGCGAUAUCUUCACGAACGGCCUUCCGCGAGAUGCCUCGUUCCAGCGCCGAAUAGGUUACGUCCAACAGCAGGACCUUCAUCUUGAGACUGCCACAGUUAGAGAAGCAUUGGUAUUCAGUGCCCUUCUGCGACAACCGAAGACAGUCAGUAAAGAGGAGAAGCUCCAGACAGUCGAAGAGGUCAUCGAUCUUCUUGAAAUGAAGCCUUACGCAGAAGCUGUCGUCGGUGUCCCGGGAGAAGGUCUCAACGUUGAACAGCGGAAGCGGCUGACAAUCGGCGUGGAGUUGGCAGCAAAGCCAGAUCUCCUUUUCUUCCUGGACGAGCCCACAUCUGGUCUUGAUAGUCAAACUGCCUGGUCAAUCUUGUUACUGCUACGAAAGUUGACGAACCACGGCCAAGCCAUUCUCUGCACAAUUCACCAACCUUCCGCAAUGCUCUUCCAGCAAUUUGAUCGCCUUCUUUUGUUGGCAGCUGGUGGUCGCACAGUGUAUUUUGGAGAUAUUGGUGAAAACUCUAAAACACUGACCUCUUAUUUUGAGCAUUAUGGAGCCGAGCACUGUGCGGUAGAUGAAAAUCCGGCGGAGUGGAUGCUCCGAGUGAUUGGGGCUGCUCCAGGAAGCACCGCAAUUCGUGACUGGUCAGAAACCUGGCGCAAGAGUCCAGAGUACUCAGAAGUCCAGAAGCAUUUGACUUUCUUGGAACAGGAAGCAAAGUCUGACGGGCAAACCCAACCUGGCCUGACCCAGGAGUUUGCCAGUCCAUUCCACAUGCAGCUGCUGCUUUGCACCACGCGGGUAUUUGAGCAGUACUGGCGAACACCUUCCUAUCUAUAUUCUAAAUUGGCUAUGUGUUUCAUCACUGCUUUGUUUAUUGGACUUUCCUUUUUACUGACUCAAGUCACGGUGCUCGGGUUGGAGCAUCAGAUGUUUGCCAUCUUCAUGCUUCUCAUCGUAUUUCCUUUCCUUGCGUACCAAACCAUGCCAAAUUACAUUCUACAGCGUGACCUUUAUGAAGUGCGCGAGUGUCCAUCAAAGACAUAUUCCUGGGCUGCCUUUAUUCUGGCCCAGGUCAUCGUUGAACUUCCUUGGAAUACGGUGGCUGCUCUGCUCACUUUCUUUCCCUUCUACUAUCUCAUCGGCAUGAAUUCAAAUGCUGUUGCAACGGAUGCUGUCGCCGAAAGAGGAGGGUUGAUGUUCUUGCUUGUGUGGGCUUUCUUGAUGCAUUGCAGUACCUUUACCACAAUGAUCGUGGCCGCAGCCGCGACAGCUGAGAUCGGUGCAAUUCUAGCUUUGCUACUGUUUACUUUUUGUUUGAUUUUUUGCGGUGUCAUGGCUUCCCCUACUAUGCUCCCAGGGUUUUGGAUUUUCAUGUAUAGGGUUUCACCCUUAACCUACCUCAUCAGUGCCAUGCUUUCCGCUGGGCUAGCAAAUAUUGAUGUCCAAUGCUCUGAUUUGGAGCUAGUCGUUGUCCAGCCUCCUUCUGGCGUGACCUGUGGAUCAUAUUUGGCUGAUUAUAUCGCGACAGCUGGCGGUGCAGUGUACAACCCCAACGCCACCACUAGUUGUGAGUUCUGUUCAAUAGCAGAGUCGAACGUGUUCCUGGAGUCGGUUUCGUCAUACUACAGCGACCGCUGGAGGAACUUUGGUUUGAUGUGGGUCUAUAUCGUUUUCAACGUGUUCGCUACCCUGGUUCUGUACUGGUAUAUCCGGGUUCGUGGUUGCCCUGGAUUUUCGCGCCUUGGGGCCUUGAUUAGUCGGGCUUGGAAGUCUUUGCCAGGAAAGAAGGCCAAUUCGACUUAA